AUUGGAGCGACAAGUCGGCGAAAUGGAAGCAGCUGGCGCGCACGCUGGAUCUGGACCGUGCCAGUCUGGAUCGCAGCAACGAAAACGAUGGCACGUUCUGGAUCGACUACGACCACUUUCUCAUGGGCUUCAGCAACGUGGACGUCUGCCUCGCGUUUCCCGGACUGCACGCCAAGAGCUUCGACACGAAUUUUCCCGCGAAAAAGGCCACCUUGCGGGGUAUGCACG